UUUGAUCCACCAACACGUGUAGACAAAUAAAAAAAAUAUUUAUAUUAAAAAAAUAAAUAUAUAAAUUGUCGUGGGAAGUGCACCGGUGUCGAGUCAAAAUCAUUAUUCGACUCAUUAUAGAAUGAAAUUAAUCAGAUGUUAUCUUCUAGGUAGUACUAUGGCGUCAAGUUUGCUGUUUCUUGGUGUGCUGGUGCUGAGUGGGGCCACCUUUAGUUUGGAAACCGAGGUGGUGGUUCUCCGUGCGGUGCGGGGGCUCCCGGCGCGGCUGCCGUGCGGGCAGGGCAGGGUGUUCCUCGACGGACCGGAGGCCUACGUGCUCUGGCUCAAGAACGACCGCGACCUGUUGUAUCGAUUUCCUAAUGAUGAUGCCGAUCGAAGGAUUGAACGUCGACUACCCUCAAACUGUGAAGGCGAGAACUGCAGGGAUGAGACAGCACUGGUGAUUAAACGCGUGAGUGAGCAGGACGGAGGCAUAUACCGCUGUCGCGUCCACUACCAGGCGUCACCUUCUGUGGACUACGUCAUCGAUGUCCGAUUAGUUGACUCCCCCGGCACCCCCCGCAUCGUCGACGAAAACGAUGACGAGCUGACGAAGGGCUACGUGGGCCCGCUGGCCGUGGGCGCCGACCUCACCCUCGUCUGCGAAGUCGACGAAGACGAAACCGACACACUCGUGUACUGGCGGCGCAACGGCGUGGCAGUCGAGCGUUACGCGGCGGGCGCGACGCGUGUCGUGAUGCGCGCGCGCAACGUAACGCGUGACGAGUUGGACGCGCACUACGAGUGCGUGGCGCAGAACGCUGACGUCACCGAGCCGCUCACUGCUAGCGUUGUUGUGAAGAUGUACUUGCCUCCCCUAAGCGUGGAGGUCCGUUUGAACCACAAUGUUGAGUUCGAGGCGGGUCAGCCGCGUGUGGUGGACUGUGUGGUGGUCGGCUGCGUGCCCCCACCCUCCAUCACGUGGCACCUGGGAGACAACCAGCUCAGGCCCACUGUGCAUAAGGAACUUCACGACGGCAACUACACGGUAUCAUCACUGACAUUAGCGCCAUCUCUACGAGACAACGGGAACCAGCUGGUCUGCCGAGCGCACAACACAGAGCUGCCUGACGAAGUAUACGAUGACAAAGUUACAAUACACGUUGGAUUCCGCCCCGUGUGCCUGACGACGCGGGCGCAAGUGGUGGGCGUGGCGGCGCGGCAGGCGGAGACCCUCACGUGCGUGGUGGAGGCCUCGCCCGAGCCCUUGUCCGUGAGCUGGACCUUCGAGAACACCAGGACUCUGUAUACUAGUGUUAAGAAAGUCCCCGGCCACUUGAACCGCUACUCAUCCACGCUAACCUGGAUGGGCCAGGACACGGACAUAGGCCUGCUACUCUGCCGGGCCACCAACUCGUAUGGGGAGCAGAAGCAGGCGUGCGUCUACUCGGUGUCCCACGGGGGCCCUCCGGAGCAACCCACGUGCGACAUCUUCCGCUCCUAUCCGAGCCUGCUGAGGGUUCAGUGCAAGAAAGGCUGGGACGGAGGAAGGCCUCAAAGAAUGGCGCUGGAGGUCUACGCCGGCUCUGGCAUGUUACUCCACAACCUCACCGACGCAGCAGGCUACUUCGAAGUGAACGACAUAUUCGAGAGUAAGAACUACUCUGCCGUGGUGUAUGCUAGCAGCGUGCGCGGGCGCAGCAAACCUGUGCAUCUCAACCUGCACUCGGUGACCACUCAUGUCGCUUCUGCGGUAACCGAAGAUACCACGGCCUCAUCCUUCGUGAUGCUGGGUUGGCUGCAGAUAGUGGUAGGCUCCACGAUCCUGCUUGUCAUCCUGAUAGCUGCCACCCUCUGCAUGAGGAUCAGCCAGACCCGACGGCUCAGCAUGGAGAACAACCCUGACCUGGUGCCACGGAGUGAUGGGCGCGUUUACGAUUGCCUCCGGGCGACUACCGAAGUGUUGGGCGUAGCGCUAGCCGUGGCCGCGUCAACCGUAGUCAACACACUACGCGCGGACCACUAUGAUUGCGAUUUCGAAGACGUGAUACAAGUACUUGACAAGCAGGAAUCUCCGUCACUAGGAUCGUUCCACCGGGAGCCAGACUUCACACAGGAGCGAGUGCUGGGCUCCACCAACAUCACAGUGAAUCAGCUGGCCGCCUGCCCAAAUGCCUACUCUGGGCCCCCUGUGCCUAUUAGAGUGAUGCCAGGAUGCACCCUUCAUACCACGCCGAAGUUCUGCGCCAACGAACAGCAAUCUUACUUUGUAUAAUAUAUUACACC